CUGAGUUCUCGUUCGGCAACGCCAGCUCGUUUGGUUAGGUACCGUACACUCGUACAUACAUCCCCGACCAUCAUCCAAGUGAGACUCAGAUAGACUCGCAAGCGUCACCGGGUCCCAUGAUGCUCUGGACACUACGCCCGUACAGAUGUCUCUCAAGACCACAAUGUCGGUACUUCUCGGGCUCCACUUUGCGCUCGCAGCCGAGGCAACUAGUGGGAGAGGGACGCAGUCAUUUCUCGUCCUCGAAAGCCCGUGUCCAGGAAGCGGGGCCCCACAUCGAAGCGAAACAGCCACCAAUGUUCACGUUCAGCGAACGCAUAGGGCCUCCCUCGAUCAGGAACCAAGUCCUCUUCUUCGUCUUCGGCUCGCUCCUGACCUUUGGCGUAGCUGCGAGGCAGACGAACCUCGAAACAUAUCACUGGACGAACAAGCUGACCGGAUCAUCGUUCAGUUGGCCGCUCGGAGGCGGAUCACCAUCAAAUGCCGAGCUCAGGGAGGCCGAACGCACAGAGCUGCGCGAAACACUGGAAUAUGGGCUACAUAAAUUCAUCAAAUCAUUAUCAGCACUCUCUGAUCAUCUCAAGGUUAUGGCGCUUUACAGCUACGCAUAUGUGGCGGAUACGUACUACACUUCUCCCGAGGGAAAGAGAGUCUGUUAUAUGCUCGCGGCUGUGAACGGCGUCGUAUGGGCUGCUUGGCAACUCCCGAAGAUGGGGCCUUUCAUGCUCAGGACAUUUGCCCACCAUCCUCUCUCUGGACUGUCAUACACCAUGUUGACGUCGACGUUCAGUCACAGUAGUUUCAUACAUCUACUGUUCAACAUGAUGGCCAUGUUGGGCUUCGGGUCUUCAGCGACGCUAUAUCUGGCGAAGCAGCAGCAGGAGGACCCCUCCAACCUCCGAGAGUCCACGACCAAGUGGCAUUUCCUCUCUUUCUUUAUCUCGGCCGGACUCUUCUCCUCGCUCGUCUCCCACGUCGCCUCCGCCAGAUUCAAGUACCCCAAGCUCAUCGCCCGGCUCGCCAACCCCACAAAGUCGACCGCGUCGACCGCAUCGACAGUCGAGGGCGCAGCCGCGGUGCGCUCAACCUCCACGCUCACGGGCCGCGAGGCCCUCGCGAGCAUCAAGCCGUCGCUCGGCGCAUCCGGCGCGAUCUACGCGGCCGUGACGCUCACCGCGAUGGCCUUCCCCGAGGUGCACAUCUCGCUCAUCUUUCCACCGACGCCGCCGAUCCCGAUCCAGUACGGCGUGUUCGGGCUCAUGGGCAUGGACGUCCUGGGUGUCAUUCGCGGAUGGAGGCUGUUCGACCAUCAUGCGCACCUGGGCGGCGCGAUGUUUGGGCUGUGGUACUAUGCGUAUGGUCCUCGGGUUUGGGAGUCCUUCCGGGAGAUGACGUUGGGCGGCCUGCCACCAUCACUCCGGAAGGCAUAAGCAACUGUUCUGCCCUUGGAUCCGUCGCGCACAGCUAUCUAUAUUGUUGCACCACUCAAAAUGAUAACAUCAAAACAUGA